CGCACCAUCUUGCAACAAAAAGUCUCGCCCUUCCUCUCUUCCUAUCGAUGUUGGAAAUACCAUCGCAUCCUCUAGUUCGACGGAGAGUAAUACAAGUGGAGAUCGACAUUGGAAUCGUUUAGAAAGGAAAUCGAAGGAGUCCGACGAUCACCAUAAUGAAUUCGCUAAUUUGGACGCUAUUAGCAUUGGAUCUGAUAUCCAUCUGGAUGGGGAUCGAAACUCGAUGAUGGGCUUGGAAGAAGUAGCAGAACAAUUGGGUUUCCAGAAACUAGACGGGAUGAACGCGGCUGAAGUUGUCGUUGAUCAGAUUACACAUCCGAAGACCUUCAGACCUUCCUCACAGCCAUUGCAACCUAGCGCGUCGAGCUUUGAUCCACAAGGGACUAUUUUCCGCUUCAAAUCAACUUUUGUCUCUGAGAUAUGGGGUGCAUUGUGCGGAUGGAUUACACAAUUUUCUUUAGGUUCCUUAGACAGCUUUAUGGUGUUGGAGGCAAGUAUUGCUUCGACUCUUGAGGAACUUAGGAAAAUCAAUAUUAUCGAUGUUUCUGCUUUGGAGGGUCUUGUCGAGAACUUCUUCAAGGCGUAUGCAGAGUAUGACUCUUUGAAAUCGUCGAAGAUGACUAAAGAAUUACACCAAGAAUCACUUUCAGAUGCACAACGGCGCCUCGAUGAUGCUAAACAAGAACAUGGAAAGCUAGAUGGGUCCAUGAAGGAGCUUCAGGCAAAUCUUGCGAAUGUGGAGAAAGAGUUAGCAGCCUUGAACUCUAGGAAGGAGCAACUUACUGCAUUCCUUGACAAACACCAAGAGGAGUUGUCCAAAAAUCAAGAGAAAAUCACCAUUACAGAGGGCGAGAUUCAUACUAUUGAAGCUAAUCAUGUGCUAUCUGAUGAAGAAGCAGAGAGACUAUCCAAGCUUGAAGAGGCGGUUGAGAAGAGUCGUCAACAAAUCCUAUGCUUCAAGCCUUUUCCGUUACUUAGAUUCUUGCUUAGGAUUUUUACUUUUUAA